AUGAUUUACAAAUGUAUUACAAUACUUCUACUGAUCAAACAUUUCCUAUGUCUUUUAGAUUUCGAAUGCUUUACGAGAACUUAUGUUGACGCCUUGCAGAAAAAUUCCUCACUUACAUUCGAAAAAGCAUUUGAACAGGCAUCUAAAUUUCACAACAGCAAGUUAGUUGUAAAGUUGGUGCACGAGUUUGAGUUUGAACUACAGAAAAUUAGUCUUCCAGUGAAAAGCAAGCAAGCCCUUAAUGAAGAAUGUUUCGGCUACAUGAACAGAGUACUUAAAGUAUAUAGAAACCAAGCCUACCCAUACAAAAGCGAGUUCUUUGAAUCAAAAGCCGUGUCGAAGAUGAAAAAAAUCUCCGAACACAAACUUGAGGAAAACAGAACAGUAGUACAAAAAGUUUUAUUGGAUGCCCUUGAAAAACAACACAACAAAAUCAUCAUAGCAAACCAGGAUCAAUUUGACCGGAAAGAGGGUUCUGAAUUGUAUAGACAAUGUAUAGAUCAUCUGAAGCUGGAGUUCCAGAACGACAUGAAAGAAUAUGACCAAGAUGAGCUUAUCACAGCCAUCGUCAAUUUCAAAUUGCGUAUUAAGGAUGAAAAGAUGAGAAUUGGUUUCCAGGCUAGAAUGCACGAGGAACGAGAAAGAAGUGAGCAGUUGCGCAAAGAAGUUCAAGAAACUCUAAAGUCUCACUUUGAGUCCAAGUUAGAGGAUAUAGAAGCCGAACGUUUAAAAGAAAUGAAAAAGGAAAUGAAGGAAUUCCAACGAAACCUGACAGAAAGGAAGGGAUUGGAAACUGUGAAGGGGAUGUCGUUUUUUAAACGGUUUAAAUUACUUUUUCGUUAAAGACGUCACAGUGAACAAUACCAUGUGAAUAUCUAACAGAAUGAAUGUUUUAAAUAUGAUUUGAUAUUGAUAUAAAAAAUUUAGAAUUAACCAGAUUAGACACAAAUAUUUCACUUCAUUCCUCAUUUCUUCGAAUUAUGUUCUGAUAUUUUAAUGGUUAUACGUUUUGUAAAUAAAAUUUAUUAUAAUCAA